CUUGUAAAACAAUCUUCUCCACGCACCAUUCCUCCAGAACAUUGUAUGCAGGCAUAGCUACAAUGUCUGACACCGAGAGAAGUACAAGUGCUCGCGCUAUUCAUGCAUUGGCUGCAAGCCGACGGCGUUCGCGCGCUUCGCCCGCGCCCUCAAUAGCAUCGUCUGACGACGUGUCCACCUUUAAUCCAGACAACGACGACGCGCUCAUGUCUACCAAACACCAUAUCGACGAGGAUGACUCCCAUUUUUUACCUAAGAUACGGACCACCGCGCAGCAGAGGAGAUAUUAUAAUCCUGAACUACCUCCCCAAGUACCAACGUCAGCAGUGAGACGUGAAUUUGGCGACUUUGAUCACAGCAACAGCACCGACGACGAGGAAAACUCAAUAGAAGUUGGACGUGGCAUCGGCAAUACUCCCAGUAAACCGAACAAAUCCCUUGACUCCGAGAUUUUGCUCGAGAUUGGUAACAGCCAUUAUGAGUUCAAGGGUACGCCUCCGUCCCGGUCACGACCAACACCAAAGAGCAAUCUGAGGAAGGAAGCGCAGCUACGACGCGCUUCAAGUACACGCGUUCCAACCAACACCAGGUCAACAAAGGAAAACGUGAUGGCACAACAUGAUAACCAGGAUGCGCGUUCACGUCCUACACGUUUUGCCAGCCGAACCGUGUCCGCAAAUAAUGACACAUAUCAGAGACCACUGGCUGGUACACCCCAGCGCGCAAAUGGCACCCCACGAGGCGUUGCAAAUAGUACCGUACAAUCAUUCCUACUGCCGGAGAUGCCCAAUCUCACUGAGCUCUUCGGCGGUUCAAUCAAGGGCACACCUAUGCUUUCUCGUGGACUCCCCAAUCGCCGAGUGACUCCGGCAAAUCCUGGGCCUGGAAACUAUAUACCUGUUUCGAGCGUCCCGAUUCCCGAAGAAGAAAAGGCUAUCCUGCAUUCGUUGCAGAUCCUCAAGGAGAGGCUGGAGCAGGUUGAGCAAGAGAAGGCCGAGGCGGAUCACAGAAUUGAGGAGUACGAGAUUCAGGUCUCUGAGCUUCAGGCACAAUUAGACGCUCAUGCAAGUCUGCGAAGAAGUGAUAGUGCAUUGGGAUCUUCAGAUGGCGAGGCAGUUGGCAGUUCGAAGAACAAAUGGAAAAUAGAGAAGGCUCAACUCGAAUCAUCAGUGCAGUCACUCAAACGCCGCCUCGAGCAUGCUGAACGCAAAGUCUCGACAGCGGAGGCAAACACAAAACGGGCGAGGGAAGAGCGCGACAGCCUCGGGACCCAACUUAGCGUGGCAUACUACAGUAACGAAGAGCUCAAGGGCGAGAACGAGGUUCUUCAGAACGAGAAUCGCCUCCUACAGGAUCAAGUCGCUGAGCUUCAGGCGGAAAAUCGUGCUUUGGCUGCUGAGAUUGAAGAGCUCCGAAUGCAGCUCGACUUGUCCCACGAACGCCACGAGGAUGAAACAACUCGUUGGCAGAAGAAGGAAGCUGCGCUGACUCGAAAGGCAAACACGAAUGAUCGCGCAAUCCUAAAUGAAAAUCAGACCCUGCGCGAUGAGCUCGUUCGCGCUCGCGAGCAACAGGAGGCCGCUGAGAGAAAAGCAGCACAACGCGAGGAGAAGGCACGUCGCGAAGCUGAACGUGCCGCCGAAGUCGAGCACGCUAAACUUACCGAAGAGAAAGAACAACUGCUGGCGGAGCUCGAACAGGCGAAAGAGAGCCGUGAAGCAGAGCUUAAGCGGUGGGCUAGCAAGCAGGCCGAGCUCCAAGCUCAUAUCGAUCAGCGAGAUGAGACCAUACAUCAGCUUCGGGUUGCAGUACCGCAGGAAGAAAUCAACGAGGAGCUGCGUAAGGAGAAUCAGAACUUGAAAGCUGAGUUGGCGCGUUUGAAAGCUACAGCGCGAAAUGAGGAAAGCGGUACGCCGAAGGAAACCCUGCGAAGGCGUCUUGAAGAGGUCAUGAAUCAGCAUGCAGAGGCAACAGAGCAGUGGAAGCGCAAAGAAACGCGUCUCAGAGAUCGUCUUGAGCAUGUUAAGCAAGUUAACGACCUGUACCGCGAAAUCGAUGCUACGCGGGAUGGAGAGACGACGAGGAAUGUUGCUGAAAGCAAGGGGAAACGUCGAUCUACUGGACAAAUUACCUCAAGUGUUCAUGAGGCUUUACACCAGCAGACCACACGAGAUUACCCAAGGACGCGUUCGAGGUCUAAAUCCCAAUCUCGCCGAAUUACUAGAUCCGAAACAUCCCGCCGUCACCGUCAUGUUUCAGCUCCUGUUUCUGUUGCUGCGCAUGAUGAAUCCGAGUCGAGCGAGAAAUCGGAUUCUGACAUGUCCUUCGAUCCUGCGAUUCUGGCUGGUGCUCCGAAGAGUGGUGCCAAGGGAAAGCGUGCCACUGGAUUUGUUCCUGUUCACACUGGUGACACUACUUAUCUAAGCUACAUUGAUGGUGAUGAGAUUGCAAAGCUUCGCAAACGUUUAGAAGAGGAGCAUCUUGCAGCCCGCCAGCGCAAGUCCACGACGGUCCCUCAGUCUUCGCCCGAUGAAGAAGUAACUGGCUACGGUAUUCGCCGGCGCUCGUCGCAGAAAGAUCUGACUGCUCGAUCUCGAGCCUCUAGCCGCGCUCGUUCCGUCCUAAGUAUAACAGCAAACGAGGAUUCUGCUGUAGAGGAUGCCACAACUGGUCUUCGCAACGAAGAUACAGUUCAUUCUCAUGUUAGUCAUGCGUCUCGCAUUUCUCACCGCCGCCGUCGUUCCAGCGCCGCUUUUACAGAAAUGACGUCUGCAUUCAUCAUUCCAGACAUCACACUGCAUACCCAACGAGAUGCUACCACCCAGGACGUACUGAAAUCUGUUUCUGCUGAUCACGACAUCAAGAACUGCUCGGUCUGCCAACGCAUCCUGUCUACGUCUCCUGUCGACAUUGACGAACUUAAUAUCCCAGCUCCUGUCCCUGUUUCAGAACGUAAGGAGUAUAACACUGACGUUGAUGCCACGAUGCGACCUUCUCAACCUCCUUCUCAAGCGCUCUCUCGUGUCAUCAAGGAAUUGAGUGAUGAAUUGCAUCACCUCAAGCUCGAAUUUGUGGUCCUCACCCAAAAACUUAAGAAUGCUGAUCCAGCACUGGGCAAGCGUGCUCACAAUACACUACACAAGAAGAUAGAGCGUUUGAACAAUGCAAUCAAAGUCAAGGGUGGCCAACUCUAUGCCCUGUAUGAUGUGUGCGAAGCGCAUAAGAUCGAGAUUGGACGUUCUUGUGAUGAAAAUGCAGGCGAGCUUCCCGAAGAUGUGGAGAAGACAUUAGAGAGCAUAAGGGCGGCGAGGGAGAAGAAGGUUGACUUCGGAACUGCAGAGGGCGAGGAAAGUGAAAGUGAAUGGCCAGGUAUCAGUGAUACAGAGGGGCUGUGAACGUGAUCAGCCAUGAUGUGCAACUAUUUUACGACUAGGAUUUGUCUACCCUAUGAAUACUUGUGGGAUGGGCAUUGUUAUUGGCGUUUUUGCGGUUUUUGGGUGGGUGGGAUUGUGCGCUUGUGUUGUUUGGGAUGUGAAUGCAUACCGGUUGACGAUUCUGUCUAACCAAGUUCAGGCCAACAUUGGCUGAUGACUACGAAUUCAAGAGCUGUCUAUUCUUCAAGUAUUGUUUUGUGCAUCCCUGCUCUUACAGUAUGCCGCCUCCUAUCUUUACCUUGAUCAUCA